AUGUACCAAGAGGAAGAGUGUAUACUGAAACUGGGAAACUACAAAAGAAAAAAAUGUAAGAAUAAAAGUGGUAGAAUAUUAGCUUCUGUCACAGAAAGGGACUUUCCUGAAGAGAACCCAAAUAUUUAUAAUAAAGAUCAAUACAGAAUGACCACUGCUGGGAAAGUAUUAAAUGUGGAAAGGAGAGGCCAAUAUGUGGGAUUUAAGAAAUAUGGCCAGUUCUCUAAAAGUGUUCAGCAGGGAACAAGCUUUCCUGUCAGAGGAAAGAUCAAGUUGCAAAAACAGAAAACAAUAACUAAACAGUCAAUGAAUGAAAAUCGUAAGUUUCCAUUUAUGCAUUUAUUUACUUACCAAACAAAUAGUGCCAGCAUACAGAAAAUAUUAUCAGCACAUAACACUGUAUUGUUUAUCUUUCAGCAAAAACACGAGUCUGCAUUUCAAAUAGAAACGUACAGAUACAAAAAAUUAAUAAAACUUGCUAGGUUGCUCAGAGCUAAAGAAAAUAAAUCUGGAGAAACCAGAAUAGAAGUUUUAUCAACAGUUUACUAUGUGCAGCCUUCCUUACUAAAUCCUGCCUUUCCAACCAUUAAGAUUGCUGUGGGUGUGAACAGUAAAUUAUUUCCUUCAGAAAUGGAUGAAGCAAAGUCAUCAGUCUACAUGACAAAAAUGGUGAAACAUCUCAUGCAACCCUCAGAGAGAAUAAAAAAGAAAUAUGUUAGUGUUGCUCAAAAGACAUUUAGAAUUUCGACUCUAAAAACAUUCAUGGUAAGAAUGCAUCUUGAUACAGAAGAGAGUUUACCAAUUUUGUUAUGCCUCUCUAAACAAGUUUUUAAAGGUCCAUCAGUUGUUGAAAGAACCAAACAAUCAGCAAAAGAAAAAACUGUACCAGUAUCUCUAGAUUUUUUGAGAUGUUUAACCUCUGCCCUUAUAGCAGGUGCUACUAUUUUUGGAAUAGCUCUGUUUAUUUUGGCAGUAGCAGCAGGUUACCUCUACUAUAAAAGGAGGCAACUUGGUCUGUUUCUUGACGCUGUGUUGAAAGGUGGAGAAUCCAAAAAGAAAUGAUGCCCCGCAGGUUCCCAUG